AUGAGCUCACAUAUAUUUAAAGAGAUUAGAGUGACAAGUUGGUUGGCACAUUCAUUUGAUGACUUCUUUGGAAACACAAAUACUUCUAGCACAGUCCCUGGGAAGGCGCUAGAAGGCGGCGCUGGGACAAACCGCCUCCAGAAGAAGCAAGCCCUGUCUUCUUUGCCAACAAGUGGCAAAGACAAGGAUCUGCCCAGAAAACGGGCAAAGUCAUCGUCAGUAGACUCAUCCGGUAGCCGAUCCAGGCAAAAUCAAAGCCAAUCUCAAGAUGAGCCGUGGGUGGAUAAAUACAAACCUGAAACUCAGAAUGACCUUGCUGUGCAUAAGAAGAAAAUUGAGGAAGUUGAAGCCUGGCUAAAAAUGCAUAUAUUUCAGAGGAAACCAAAGCAGGGUAGCUCUAUUUUGCUGUUAACAGGUCCAGCUGGUUGUGGAAAGACUGCAACUGUACAGAUAUUAGUGAAAGAUCUUGGUAUUCAAGUGCAAGAAUGGACCAAUCCAACAACUUUAGACUUUACAAAAGAAGACAUAAAAAGUAUAUUUGGCCAUGACUCAAAUUUUCAUACGUAUCCAAGUCAGGCCCAAGCAGCUCUCUUUCAAGAUUUUAUUUUAAGAGCAAAUAAGUAUAACAAACUUCAGAUGCUUGGGGAGUCCUCAGAAAAUGAUAAAAAGCUUAUUCUUAUUGAAGACGUUCCUAACCAAUUCUAUCGAGACCCUAGCAGUCUACAUGAAAUUCUCAGGAGAUUUGUGCGUACAAGUAGAUGUCCCCUUAUAUUUAUAAUCUCGGAUAACUUCAGUGGAGAUAGCAACCAGAGGUUACUAUUCCCAAAGGAAAUUCUAGAAGAGCUGUGUAUAUCUAAUAUUAGUUUCAAUCCUGUUGCACCCACAAAUAUGAUGAGAGUUCUUAAUCGAAUAGCUACAAUAGAAGCUACGAUGAAUAGAGAAAAGAAUUAUGCUCCUGAUAAAACCUCUCUGGAGUCAAUUUGCAGAGGCUGUUCAGGUGAUAUAAGAAGUGCAAUAAACAGUCUUCAGUUUUCUUCUAUGAAAGACUGCUCAUUUGAUUGCUCCUUUCGGUCAAGAAAAAAAGGGACCUCCACACUGAAAUGUGAAACAGGAAUAUCUAAAGCAAGAAAGAAAAAUAAAACAGAUAAUUUAGAAAAUGAGGAGACACAAGCAAUUGGUGGCAAAGAUGCCUCCAUCUUUCUUUUUCAUGCUCUGGGGAAAAUAAUUUACUGCAAAAGAGAGCCUCUGUCAGAAUCAGAAUUUCCUCAGCUGCCUUCUCACUUGUCAGAAUUCCGUCGAGACGCUUUGCUUAUCCAGCCUGAGGAGAUUGUAGAAAAAUCGCAUAUGUCUGGAAGCAUGUUUAAUUUAUACCUUCACCAGAACUAUGUGGAAUUUUUCGCUAAUAUAGAUGAUGUUGUGAGAGCCAGUGAAUAUCUGAGCAUUGCUGAUGUCCUUUGUAGUAAUUGGAAUUCACGACCCAUGAUGGAAAAAUACAGUGCAUCUGUGGCUACCCGAGGUGUGAUACAUUCAAAUACAGGCAGAGCCUUUGCCCAAAGUCAGGGAGGAAUGGGGUUUCGUCCUUUACACAAGCCACAAUGGUUCUUUAUCAGUAAAAAGUAUCAAGAAAACUGCCUUGCAGCAAAAUCUCUCUUUUCAAAUUUCUGUUUACCACCAGAGUGUCUUCAGACAGAGCUAUUGCCUUAUCUUGCUAUGCUAACAAAUCCAAUGAGAAACCAAGCUCAGAUUGCUUUUAUCCAGGAUGUUGGGAGGCUACCACUAAAAAGGCAUUUUGGCAGGUUGAAGUUGGAAACACUCACGGAUAAAGAUCCUGGAAUACCAGAUUUAUUUGUUGAUUAUGAGGGGGACCUUGCAGCUACAAAUGCUAUGGAGACUACUGUGCAGGCAGAGCAAAACAAAACAAAUGAGAAUGGAUCGGAUGGAUUUCCUCUUUCUUCCAGUCAAUGCAGUGGAAAUGAACUUCCUUGCAGUCAGCCUCAGCCUACUGCUGCUCAAGCAAUCAUGGAAGAGGAUGAAUUAAAAAUAGAGGAGUAUGAUACUGACUGAGUACAA